UCUCGCUUAAUAACAACACUAUUACUAUACUGCACAAAAAGAUUCCUUCUUUUUCUAUCCAAAAUCCCACACUGCAUGUAAUAAAUAAAAAAAACCUAAUCAAACCCCUAGUCAACUUUCUUCAUAGUUCUCUUCCCAAAACACAAUGGCUUCAAAUUCAAAUCUUAGAAUCACCAUUGAAAGAAAUCCUUCUCAAUCACGUUUAGCUGAAUUGAAUAUCAAGUGUUGGCCCAAAUGGGGGUGUUCACCAGGAAAGUACCAAUUGAAAUUUGAUGCAGAAGAGACAUGCUAUUUAUUGAAAGGGAAAGUGAAAGCAUACACAAAAGGGUCAUCAGAUUUUGUAGAGUUUGGAGCUGGAGACCUUGUCACCAUUCCAAAAGGACUUAGUUGUACUUGGGAUGUUUCUAUUGCUGUUGACAAGUACUAUAAAUUUGAAUCAUCUUCUUCCUCAUCAUCAUCACCAUCUUGUUAAUUAGUUAUUAGUAUUAAUGUUGUAUUGAAAUUAUAAAUAUAAUUCAUUCAAAUUUUGUUCACAGCUUGUUACUUUACUUUGUCUAAUUUAAUUUUGUAUAUAAACUUACUUUGAGUUAAAUAUUUAAAAAAAUUGAUGUAUUACUCUAACAUAUAGAAUGAGGAAAUGAUAUUUAUUGUAGUCAAA